CCUACUAAUUUAUGCAAUUAUGGAGAAAAUAUUCACCUCUUUUCUCUUGUUGCUUCACUAUGUUAUGGUUAGUUUAGCUAUGACCCAAAACAACACUACCAUUGAUCAAUUAGCUCUUCUUUCUUUAAAAUCUCAAAUCAUUUUAGAUCCAUUUCACUUGUUGGAUGAAAGCUGGUCUUCCGCUACAUUUGUUUACCAUUGGGUUGGAGCCACUUGUGGCUCUCGUCAUCAGAGAGUGAAAUUCUUGAAUCUCUCCAACAUGGCUCUUACGGGUGUAAUACCCCAUGAUAUUGGAAACCUCACGUUUCUUGUUUCUCUUGACUUGGGUGGCAACAGUUUCCGUGGAAAUUUGCCUCAAGAGAUGGCACACCUGCGUCGGCUUAAGUUUCUUGAUUUAAGUGUCAACAACUUUAGAGGGAAGGUUCCUUCUUGGUUUGGGAUUUUACACCAGCUUCAAUUUCUAAAUCUUGGAAAUAAUAGUUUCACUGAUUCCAUUCCUUCUUCAUUUUCUAAUAUGUCCACACUUGAGACUUUGAAUCUGAAUUCCAAUUCCAUAGAGGGUCAAAUCCCAAAAGUGAUUGGAAAUCUUCUAAACCUUAGAGUAUUAAACUUGAAAGGUAACGAGCUCGUAGGCUUUAUUCCUCCAUCCCUCUCUAAUGCCUCAAUGUUGGAGACUUUAAAAAUAUCUUAUAAUUCACUUCAAGGAAACAUUCUAGAAGGGAUCGGUAAUUUUCACAGCAUGAAAGUGAUAUCCGUACAAGCUAAUCAUCUUACGGGUUCUAUACCAUUCACAAUUUUCAAUAUCUCAAGAAUCGAAGUCAUUGAAUUUACAGGCAAUAGCUUAUCAGGAAAUCUCCCCACUGGUUUAUGCCAUGGUGUACCAAUACUCAAAGGGCGUUAUCUAUCUGAAAAUAAGCUUCAUGGUCGUAUGCCUACAAGCUUGUCAAAUUGUUCACAACUUCAAGUAUUGUCUUUAUCAUAUAAUGAUUUCACAGGUGAAAUACCCAAAGAGAUAAGCAAUCUCAUAAGUUGGAACUACUAGGUCUUUCAGUUAAUAGUUUUAGUGGUUCACUUGAUAUGGAGAUCUUCAACAUAUCCGGGCUGAGAGAAAUUGAUUUUUCAUUCAACAAUCUAUCAGGAAGCCUCCCACCAAACAUGUGUUCUAUUUUACGCAAUAUUGAAAGACUAUCUGGGUGGCUUAACCAAUCUUGUUGGUACCAUUCCUCAUUUUAUCUCCAAUUGUUCAAAAAUUACUAUUCUAGGUCUCCAAGGCAACAAACUCAGUGGUUUGAUUCCCAAUUCUCUUGGAUAUUUGACUCAUCUACAAAUUCUAAACUUGGAGAGAAACAAUUUAACCAGCGACUCUUCGUUAAGCUUCCUAACUUCCUUAACCAAUUACAGAAACACAACAACUGUUUCUCUAUCUUUAAACCCUCUAAACAGCAUGCUUCCAGCCUCUACGGGGAACCUUUCCACCUCUCUUAAAAAAUUUUACGCCCACAAUUGCAAAAUCAAAGGGUGAAUUCCAAAUGAAGUUGGGAACUUAAGCAGCUUAUUAGACCUUGAUCUUUCUGGAAAUAACUUUGUCGGAUCAAUUCCAACAUCAAUUGGCAACUUGAGAAGCCUCCAGCGCUUCAACUUGAGUAAGAACAAACUUACAGGAUUUAUUGGAGAUCAUAUAAGUAAAUUGGAGCAUUUGGGUGAUAUUUACUAGUGUUAAAAUAAACUUUCAGGGUCUUUUCCUAAUUGUUUAGGGAAUAUUACUUCCCUUAGGGAGAUACAUCUGGGUUCCAAUAAAUUGAGUUCCAAUAUACCACCAAGCUUAAGGAACCUUCAAGAUCUAGUGGUUCUUGACUUAUCGUCAAACAACAUGGUAGGUUCAUUACCUCCGAAAAUUGGAAAUCUAAAGGCUGCGAUACUGAUAGAUAUGUCAAUGAAUCAGUUCUCAAAUGGCAUUCCUAGAGAAAUUGGAGGAUUGCAGAAUCUGGCACACUUGACUCAAUGAGCAACAUGGUAGGUUUGGAAUUCCUAGACCUUUCUCAUAACAAUAUAUCUGGACUUAUUCCCAAGUCUUUGGAGAAACUUCAAUACCUCAAGUAUUUCAAUGUUUCUUACGACAAAUUGUAUGGUGAAAUACCCUCGGAAGGUCCUUUCAAGAACCUAUCGAGUCAGUUGUUCAUCCACAAUGAAGCAUUGUGUAGUUCUUCAAGAUUUAGUGUCCCGGCAUGCCCCACUUCAUCAAAGCACAGAUCAAAUAGGAAAAAAUUGCUAGUUCUAUUUCUUUUGCUAGGACUAGCACUUUUAUUUGUUCCUAUCACUUUUGUGUUUAUAUGGAUAAGGUAUAGAAGAGGUAAAAGAGCUCCUCAACAAGCAGAUGCAUUGUCUGCCAUAACAAGAGAAAGAAUUUCAUACUAUGAAUUGCUACAAGCAACUAAUGCACUUAUGGAGAGCAAUCUGAUUGGUUCUGGAAGUUUUGGCUCUGUUAACAAAGGCGUUCUCAGAAGUGGAACUGCCAUUGCAGUUAAAGUGUUCAAUCUGCAACUAGAUGCGACAUUCAGGAGCUUUGAUACAGAAUGUGAAGUUCUGCACAGCCUUCGCCAUAGGAAUCUCGUAAAAGUCAUCACUAGUUGUUCCAACCUUGAUUUUAAGGCUUUAGUGCUCGAGUAUAUGCCUAAUGGAAGUCUUGAGAAGUAUUUGUACUCACACAACUACUUCCUCGACUAAGCAUAAUGAUAGAUGUGGUAUGUGCAUUGGAAUAUCUCCAUCAUGGGUGCGCAUUGCCAUUGAUUCACUGUGAUAUGAAGCCUAGUAACGUCUUGCUGGAUGAGGAUAUGGCUGCCCACCUAAGCGACUUUGGCAUCUCAAAACUUCUUGGUGAAGAUGAGAGUGAUUUAUACACAAAACUUUAGCAACACUGGGUUAUAUUGCAACAGAGUAUGGACGGGAUGGUUUGGUAUCAACAAAGUGUGAUGUCUAUAGCUAUGGGAUCAUGUUGCUGGAAACGUUUACUAGGAGAAAGCCUAAUGAGUUUGAGAGAGAUCUUAGCUUGAAGAAAUGGGUGAGUUAUUCAUUUCCAGAGGCAAUAAUGGACGUCGUAGAUUCCAACUUGCUAACAUCAACUGGCAAUCGCUUACAGAAGGAGCUAGAUGUUGUGGCAUCAAUAAUGAAAGUGGCAUUAGAUUGUUGUGCUGAAUAUCCGACGAGAAGGACUAACAUGAAAGAUGUUGUAGGGAUGCUGCAGAAGAUCAAGAUUCAACUUCUUGCGUGCUAAGCAUGUUCUUGGAAUAUCUAGUCGCUUCAAGUCACUUCUUUGUUGCAAAUGUUUUCUAAAUUAGUGGAAUAAUGUAAUCAUUUCUUUCUUUGCUUUGUUUUA